AUGGCAGGGUCACCGGCUUACGGCUCGAGCUCGACGAGCGCAAAGUUGCUGAAUGACUAUCAAUUGGGUGACUCGUUGGGGAAGGGCGCGUUCGGUCAAGUCUAUCGCGCACUCAAUUGGGCUACCGGGGAGACCGUUGCUGUCAAGGAAAUACAGCUGAGCAACAUACCUAAGGGUGAAUUAGGCCAAAUCAUGUCAGAAAUCGAUCUCUUGAAAAACCUCAAUCAUCCCAAUAUCGUCAAGUAUAAAGGGUUCGUCAAGACGCGAGAAUACCUGUAUAUUAUUCUAGAGUUCUGCGAGAACGGCUCUUUGCACAAUAUAUGCAAGCGCUUCGGCAAGUUUCCCGAAAACCUUGUCGCUGUAUAUAUCUCGCAGGUCCUUGAGGGGCUGGUAUACCUGCAUGAUCAGGGUGUCAUUCAUCGCGAUAUCAAGGGCGCGAAUAUUCUGACGACGAAAGACGGCGCGGUCAAGCUUGCGGACUUUGGUGUCGCGAGCAGCACGACGGCGGGCGCGAGCGACGACGCGGUGGUUGGGAGUCCCUAUUGGAUGGCUCCGGAGGUCAUCGAGCAGUUCGGCGCUACGACGGCCUCGGACAUAUGGAGUGUGGGCUGCACAGUGAUCGAGCUCCUCGAGGGACGUCCGCCGUAUCAUUUCCUCAAGCCGAUGCCAGCGCUCUACCGCAUUGUGCAGGAUGACAGCCCGCCGAUCCCCGAGGGGGCAUCCCCCAUCGUCAAAGACUUCUUGUAUCACUGCUUCCAGAAGGACUGCAAUCUCCGCAUUACUGCAAAGAAGCUGUUGCGGCACCCCUGGAUGGUCUCGGCCAAACGACAGAUGGCAGAGAGCCAACGCGCGCGAGGCAUGUCUGAGGGACCGGGUGGGGGGAGGCCGCUUAGUAACUAUAAUUUCGACGAGGCGGUGCUAAAGGUGCAAGAGUGGAAUGAAGCACUGAGAUCGAAACACCCAGCACCACGUCGGGACUCUACCACCGACGGCGCGCCACAUUCGCCGCUGGGGUCGCCGAGCGACCCUUCGUUCGCGCUGCUACCCGCCUCACUUUCCCUGUCUGCAUCUGUUUCUUCGCAGACGUCGUCGUCGUCGAACCUGACCCGGAAGGCUGCACCUUCAACCAGCUCAAAGAACGCGACACCGCUGGCGAUGCCGGGCCCGUUCGUGCUCCAGCAGCCGGAGGAACAAACGGACAAUUGGGACGACGACUUUGAAGAGGGCAUCUCUUUCUCAAAGCUGCAAGCGCUGGAGAAGAGCACCCCAGAUGACGACAAGCCGCUGGAAGCCGACGACAACAACGCGCAGACUAUCCGCCCGAACCGCAGCCCGAGCUCCGCCGCCUCCGCCGCCGCCAAACCGCCACCGCCGGAAAUUGCACCGAUCGUUGAGGACUAUUCAGACCUUGGAAUCGACGAGGACGACGUGUGGCAGGAGAAGUUUGCGGACUUCAAGAUGAAGAAUUCGUUCCGCAAGGGCCUUUUCCACCCUGACGACAUCAAGACGCUCGGGCUCCUGCCGUCGUCGCCGGGCCCCAAGACCGCGCCGUUGCCGGAGCUCGGGCGCAGGUCGUCGCGGCCGGUGUUGAGCCCAUUAACAGCGGCACCGGGGUACCCGGGUCCAUUGUCUGCGCGCUCGCACUCGACGUCGCAUUCGCGGUCGUCGUCGUUUGUAGGCUCGACAAACGGGUCGUUCGGGCGCGCAGAGGUAAAGAAGCUCGAGCAGCAGAGCGAGUUUGGGAAAUAUACAGAGGACGAUGACGAGGAUUACGACGAUGUGUUUGGGAAGCCGAAUGGAACCUCCAUGGAACAGCCUAUGCAAACGCUACAGCUGAACACUCGCUUAUCGAACAAGUCUUGGCUAGGCGAUGACGAUAUCGACGACGAAGAUCCUUUUGCGGAGAUUGACGAGGGCUUCGUGGAAGACGACCUCGAAGCGAAUUUGCAGCGCGACAAAUAUGCGCGCUUGACGAGUCAGGUAAACCAACUCAUCGACGAGUUGACGCCGUCUGCGCCGGACUUCCAGCUGCGCGAAGCUUGCGAUAAUCUGAUGGGGAUCAUAUUGGAUACACCUGAGAUGCAAGGGCAGUUGGUGUCUGCACAUGGGAUGCUUGCGAUACUUGAGGUCCUGGAAAGUAAAUGUUCCCGAGAAGUGACAAUGAAGCUUUUGCAAAUCGUGAACAUGCUCGUCACGGCCGAUGCAGGAUUCUUAGAGAGCUUCUGCUUGAUCGGCGGAAUUCCUGUCAUAAUGGGCUUUACAUCCAAGAAGUACCCAUCCGAAUGCCGGCUGCAGGCCUCGAACUUUAUUCAGUUGCUGUGCCAUGUCUCCGUCCUGACUUUGCAAAUGUUCAUCUCGUGUCGGGGCCUCAAGGUACUCGUCGACCUGCUCGACGAGGACUUCGCGGAGCAGAGUGACCUCGUCGUGCAUGCACUCAACGGGAUCGGGAGCGUGUUCGAGCUACAGAGUCCGACGACAAAGAACGACUUCUGUCGGAUGUUCAUCCGGGAGGGCUUGCUAGACCCGCUCUCGUCGGCGCUCUUGAACGUGAUGACGACCCAUGGUGACAAGGCAUCGACGAUGAAGCGGAAGAUCAUCCAGAUCUUGCUCGUAUUCUGUCAGGUGUCUCAGUCAGAUAUACAUGUGCGGAACGCGCUAGGAACACGCAAGGUCGUUAGACGUCUCCUGCGCGGUUGCGAGCUUCUCGAGCCUGAGUGUCUGGUCCAUAUGUUGAAGGCAAUCAAGCACCUCUCAAUGAAUGCAACGAUAUUGGAGGUCCUCCAGAACGCGAACGCCAUUGAGAUCCUCGCUCGAAUCCUGGAUGAACAAUGCUCCGGGCCUCACAGCGCGGAAAUGUCCAACCAUAUCUUCCAAACGUGCUAUAACCUAUGCCGCCUGAACAAAUCAAGACAAGAAGAGGCAGCCCAGGCUGGGAUCAUACCAAGUCUGAUGCGGGUCAUCGAGGCCAGCUCUCCCCUCAAGCAAUUUGCGCUGCCUAUUCUGUGUGACCUUGCCAGUGCGGGCAAGAGUUGUCGAACAUUGCUCUGGCAAUUCGACGGGCUUUCGAUGUAUGUCAGGCUACUCACCGAUCCGUACUUCCAAGUCAGCGCGUUGGAGUCCAUUCUUUCAUGGUUGCAGGAGGAACCGGCUCGGGUGGAGGAUGAGCUUGUGAAGCCGGAGGCUCUCGAGGCCUUGCUCAAAUGCUUCAUCUCGGCCAAGGCGAACUCAUUCGAGAACCUCCUCGACCCCUUCCUCAAAAUCUUCCGCGUUUCUACUAGUAUAACCAUCGGUGUCGCCAAAUCCCAAUUCUUUCGACGCGUCAUCGAGAAGCUAGACAACAGCAAGGCCGUCGUGAAGCUCAACCUCCUUCGUAUCCUGCGCACGGUGUGCGACGUCCACCCCAACCGCGCGAUCCUGGUCGAGCGAUACGGGAUCUACGAGCUCGUCGUGCGGCUCAAGCAGAACGACAGUGCCGUGCUCGUGCGCGAGCUCGCCCGCGAGAUCGAGCCGACGCUGGCACCCGCGCUGAAGCCUCUGCGAACCAAGACUAGCCUCAAGGGCCUCGAUUCACCCAAAUCCGUCAUCGCGCCCAAGAAGAGAGUCCGGAGGACGGCGUCAGAGGCGUCCGCGCCGCUGCUUUCUCCUUCCGUCAGCCAGAACGGGACCACGCGGGGUCUCAGGAACAGCGGGAACGGGAAAUCGAAGCCGAUGCCUUCGCGGCAUAGGUUGGGUGAUAUCUCGUGGCAGCCCGGCGAGCAGUGAUGGUGACGAUGCAAGCUAAGGUCUGGUAAGUUUUUUCGAUUUCUUUUUUUUCGUUCUUUUCAUGGGUUCCCUGUUCAUUUAUUUCAUCGGUUCUGUACGCACUCGUUACCGGCAUGUCCAUUUUUUAAGCUUUCCUUGCAUUCGCACCAUACGCACUCACUACCCAAUUCAUUGCAAACAAUCUUGCAUCCUCGCAUUAAUUCAGCACAUCCUUCGAAUUUUACUGUAUUAGUGGUCUGAUACCGUCUAAUCUAAUAAGUUAUGCGUU